UUUAGGCAGCCAGAGCAAGCUUUCUCGAAGAUAACUAUCGAACAUCAUCCUUCGCAAUACCUUUCAUCAACAUCAUCAUUCUAACAAAAUCAAUACCGAGCCACGCCCGCGACUAUUCAACAUCGUUAUGAGCUCGAUGAAGCAAAUUCGGACGACCCCACCCGAUAUCCACAACUCACGAAGUGACCUGUAUUUUGGGCUGCAUCCUCGAGAAAUUCGCUUGGUUACGCUUCGCAGCGGCCAAUGGUCCGAUGAUAUUCAAUGCCAAUUAAAGCACGCCUAUCUAGCAAAUAAAUCUAUCUAUAAAGCUCUGUCUUAUGCUUGGGGGUCCCCACGAGCAACUCGACCAAUCCUUGUCAGUGGAAUCCGGUACUCGGUCACAGUCAAUUUAGAGGCUGCCCUUCGAAGGCUACGACAAGUUAAUGAGGAUGUCAUACUUUGGGUCGAUGCUAUAUGUAUCAAUCAAUCAGAUAAUGAAGAGAAAACCCAACAGGUUAGGUUAAUGCACGAUAUUUACUCUAACACCGACGAAGUCAUUGUUUAUCUCGGAGAGGUUUUAAAUCAUAAAUCCAUGAUUUCCCACGACUUGGUAUCGGCUUCUAGGCAUGUGUUCAACUACGACGACACGGAUAAUGAGAAGCUCGAGAUAUUCCGUGCCCAUUGUUCGGUGAAGAAAUUGAGCCGAAAAGAAAGAAUUGACUAUGCCUUUGAUGUAUUCCGCUUUCUCUGCGUUCUUGCAGACGAAUCAAAAACAAAUCACUUAGCAUCAUUCGACGUCCAUUCCAGGGAAUUCAAGGACUCCGUAUACCACGAAAACCUCUUCGAGGAGUUGAGAAAAAUCAUGAAUUGUCGGUGGUGGAAACGAAUAUGGGUCAUUCAAGAGGUUGUCGUCCCUAAUAAAAUUACAGUGGUCUAUGGUAAGUAUUAAUUUCUCAAAUGAAUCCCAUUUGUUAAUGGUUUCCUAAAACUGGCUUAUUCAACGAUGUUCUCCAAAUAUGGGUGUAUCUGAAACUUUUCUGAAUAAGCCCGCAUGAUAAAUAAGAUUUCAGUUCCUUUCUCCUCUAGAAACUUUAAAGGACCUGUUCUUCCUUCUGACCUGUUCAAAAGGUGGUUACUGACUCCGUGAAUUUCUGACUUACAGGUUCUUCAGUCGCGCCUUGGGAAAUGCUAGUCAAUGCUGCUCGCUGGCUGUCACGUAAUCGCAUCUCAACGACUCCAUUUUGUUUUUCCAAUGAUAACUUGACGGUGCUAUCGUAUGUCUCUCGAAUAAGUCUGGACAUUGAGCGCAUGCGUGAAACAUGGAACACUGGGAAACAGACACCACUCCUAUCUUUGUUACGGCGAUUCAAGGAUAGAAAAGCAAGCGAUGAGAAAGAUAAGGUUUAUGCAUUACUCAGUUUGGCUCAAAGCAAGACAUCAAUCGUACCGGACUAUUCUCUAAGUGUUUCAAGAGUCUUCCAAAACGCGACUUUGGAUAUCAUCAAGGAAAGCGGGUCAUUGAGUGUUCUCAUCGGCGAUCUUGGAAGAAAGGAUCGUCAGGACUUGCCCUCCUGGGUUCCAGAUUGGAGUUCUGCGUACGAUGACUUGGAUCGACACCGGGUUGAGGCUAUGGAAAAUAAUCAGUACAAUGCGUCGGGAGGCAGCAGACUCUAUGUUCAGACUGAAGACGCCGAAGAAUGGGGUGGCCUUCGUGACUAUCUGAAAGUGUGUCCUGAGAUUCGGGGACCUCGCCUGGAAGUGUUCAAUACUCAAGUUGGAACGACAGAUUGGCAGGAGUGGCUCCCCAGUGGUGCUGAUAAGUCGAAUCUGAGUGAAGAGGAGUGUCUUCUAGCUAUCGAUGGUUAUUAUACAUCUUGCCGAGGCGCGGUCUGUCUAGAGUACCUUGGUAACGGCAUGAUUCGGCUGCCUGGAAUAUCGAUGGAUAUGGUAACUCAUGCGUGGGACAUCGCACCCUGCGACGAGACAAUAAGUACUGUUAUUAGCACUUGGGUUAGCUUUUCAACAGCCUCGUUUCGCAGAAGAAGUAUUGGAGAUGCCUUUGUUAGAACGAUAUGCGCUGACAGGGUCAGCAGCGGUUCGCCUAACCAGGAAAUCUCUACCCAGAUACUUAAAGUUGAGGAUCCCGAUGCGCUAGAUCGAUGGCUUGAGGAAGCCGGCCUGAUAUUUACGCGCGAAAAUACUGGAGAACCUCAAAGAAACCCAAUCCAAACAUCUGGCAAUAUCAACAACGCUGUUCGGUCUGCAGCAAUCCGAAGGAGACUUUUCAUAACCAAGAAUGGACGUAUUGGACUUGGGCCUCCGAAAACACAGCCGGGUGACCGUGUUUACGUGCUUUUAGGCGGCCGAACACCAUUCAUUCUGCGCCCAGCUGGGUGGCGGAGCAUUUGAAAGAUUCGUAAUCAUCCUAUACUUGGACAUCAAAAGGUCGCAUGCUAUGAAGUUAUUGGCGACUGCACUGUGAAUGGUCUGAUGAACGGUGAAGCCAUGAAUGAUUGGGAGUGUUGCACGGGGACACGCAGAAUUACGGAAACAUAUUGCUCAGUGGAAGAUUAUCCACGAGAACUGGAAAGCACUCAACCCAAGUUUGAAUGAAUGGAGAGAUAUCAUGAACCGGAAGAAUAUGAAUGCAUUACUUGCUCCACCAGCUCCGAAUACACUGCGGGAUGAGUCCAUUUUACAAGGGGAGAUGAAUUCGCUUAACAUCGAAUUACCAAAACAGGGUGGGUAUCAAGACAAAGAUUCGGAUAUGAUUCCAAAUUUUCUAGAUCGGCAUUUUUGGUCAGAAAUGCUUGUGACUGAGAAUGACCUUUUCCAACACCAGAAUAACUCCCAGACCUCUCCCAAAAAAUUUCAAGAUAUCCUGGAUCGCCACACAUCUACGGGAACUAUUCGGGAUCAUAUCAAAGGAAUGAGCCUUUCUGAGUGGAAUUUCCAAUUGUACUCUGAUCGACAGUUUAGGCUUCUACUUUUGAAAGCAGCAAGGUUGAAGAUAGCCCAGAUUGAGAAGGAUAUCAGCGAUG